GCCGCUGCCUCGGACGGAUGUGACGCACGCUGUUUUCCUGCUGACUGAUUUUUUUUCUAGUUGUGUAGGAGGAGGUAGAGUGGAAAAUGGCCGACGGUGUGGAUCAUAUUGAUAUCUAUGCGGAUGUGGAAGAGGAAUUUAAUCAGGAAGCAGAGUACAAUGUUCACGAACAGAUAGACCUAUACGACGAUGUCAUCUCCCCGUCUGCCAACAACGGCGAUGCUCCGGAAGACCGGGACUACCUAGACAACCUACCCCCAACUGUGGGGGGUGAAGGGGGCAAGGGCCCCCCUCCUAAUGUGGUCUAUACUUACACUGGGAAGAGAAUUGCCCUAUACAUUGGAAACCUCACAUGGUGGACAACUGAUGAAGAUUUGACUGAUGCCAUUCGUUCAGUGGGGAUAAAUGAUUUGCUGGAGAUUAAGUUUUUUGAAAACCGAGCUAAUGGGCAGUCUAAAGGGUUUGCUCUAGUCUGUGUGGGAUCCGAGGCCUCCUCAAGGAAACUGAUGGACCUGCUGUCCAAACGAGAGCUCCACGGACAGAAUCCUAUUGUCACGCCUUGCAACAAACAGACCCUCAGCCAGUUUGAGAUGCAGUCUCGGAAAAGUACGCAGUCAGGGCAGAUGUCCGGAGAGGGCAAGGCCGGCCCCCCAGGUAUAGGGCCCCGUGGUGGAUUUCCCCUGAGCAGAGGCCGGGGGCGCUUCCCCGGCAUGCCUGGCCCGGGUGGAGACCGCUUCCCUGGGCCGGUGGGUCCCGGAGGGCCUCCCCCACAUUUUCCAGGAGGCCUUCAAGGCCCACCACGACCUCCCCCAGGCCCACCAGGCCCCCCUGGUCCUCCCGGACCCCCUCCUCCAGGACAAGGUCUCCCACCACCCAUCUCUGGUCCCCCGAGUCGGGGUGAUCGUCCCCCUCCACCAGUGAUGUUCCCUGGCCAGUUUGGCCAACCCCCCAUGGGACCCAUUCCUCCUGGCCCCCCACCCCCGGUGCCGGGGUAUGGCCCCCCACCUGGUCCCCCUCCCCCACAGCAGGGACCUCCCCCACCUGGGCCUUUUCCUCCUCGCCCCAUUGCUCCGCCCUUAACCCUGGCUCCCCCACCGCACAUGCCUGGGCCCCCUCCUGGCGGCCCACCUCCAGCCCCCCACGUCAAUCCUGCUUUCUUCCCUCCCCCGGGAAACAGCAACAUGCCCUCUUCAGACAAUCGCGGCCCCCCUCCCAACGACCCCUAUGGGCGCCCGCCUCCCUAUGACAGAGGGGACUACGGUCCUGCUGGCAGAGAGAUGGAUGCUGCCCGGACCCCCCUCAGCGAGGCCGAGUUUGAGGAGAUCAUGAACCGAAACAGAGCCAUCUCCAGCAGCGCCAUCUCUAGGGCUGUCUCUGACGCCAGUGCAGGUGACUAUGGCAGCGCCAUCGAGACGCUGGUCACGGCCAUCUCCCUCAUUAAGCAGUCCAAGGUGUCGGCUGACGACCGCUGUAAAGUGCUCAUCAGCUCCCUGCAGGACUGCCUGCACGGCAUUGAGUCCAAGUCCUACGGCUCUGCCUCCAGAAGACGGGAGAGGUCCAGGGAGAGGGACCACAGCCGCUCCAGGGAGAAGAGUCGGCGGCACAAAUCGCGCAGCCGCGACCGGCAUGAGGAUUACUACCGCGAGCGCAGCCGGGAGCGCGAGAGGCACCGCGAGCGGGACAGGGACCGUGAGCGUGAUCGGGACCGUGAGAGGGAGUACCGCCACCGCUAGCACAGGUGUGUAUGCCGAUCUUCUGCCCCCUGCUUCCUUUGUUAUUGACCGCCUCUGUCCCACAGGAAAGGGGGGGUGCUCCCUGGGAGCUGCUGCAGGACACUGUGCGGUGUUCCUGGGGUGGCCGCAGGUAGGUCAGCACGGUGAGUAACUCUCUGUCACCGUUACCUUUAUCUAUUCAUGAAUGACUUUUAUUUGUUGUAUUGUCUAAUAAUUUGACACCAUCUGCUUUUGUUCCUCUAUUGUAUGUGUAUCACCCUGUCAUAAUGUAAUUUUUACUUUUUUUAACCUACAAAGAACAGUACUCCCUUAAGUACACACAUUGUAUAUCAAAUGACAUGGGAAUGAGUUUAAAGCAUAAAAUUUGUAAUGUUUUCAUGCAUUUGUUGAAUUAUUUCCAGUUUUUAUUUUAUUUUUGUUUUGUAAAAUUGGGGGUGUUAAUAAACGGUUGAAACAGGUUGUUAGACAGGUUGUGACUCUGUCACUGAGCACUGUUCUUCGUAUGGCAGCCUUGCCAUCCACAUGCCGUUUGAGGUGUAAGGUGUAAUCAGACCACAGUGUUUCCCUUCUAGCCAAAGCGUUUGUGUGCCUGUGUGUAUGUUGGUGGAAUGUUCCAAAUUACGCUGUAACCUGGGGGUAUCAUAUUCAAAAGACUGCAGAAAAUUAGCUCAUAAAAGCUUUGAGAGAAGCUAAAAAUCAAUUUUUCCAAGUUGUGUGCAACGGGACUGAAGGAAUUCUAGGUUAUUUUUUUCCUUUGGCAAUUUUUGUUUUUCCAGUGUUAGUUGCCUAUUUGUUAUACUUACUUGUAGUAUUCAAAUUGAUUCAAAUUGUGUGAAUGUUGGCAAUAGUUUAAAAAAAAAAUUAUGUUUAACAGGGUGUUACCUCAGUGUGGACUGUAACUUCAGAUUAAUUGCCCCUUUGUCAGUUCACUGUUUCCCUGAAUGUUUUCCUGCUUUUAUCAGUCAUGGGAGUUUGAUGUCAUGGACAUAGUUAUGUUUUGUUUAGUUUAACUGUCUUAAUUUUUCAAUCACAAUUAAAAUUUGUGAAGAAUCAUGUGAAGGGAGUGGAGAUUAAAUUUAAUCAACUUCUUGUCUUCUCUGCCAAGAUAUUUGUCUGUAGAAUAUGGCUGUUAAAUUUCCUGCUUUUUUAAAAUUUUGGGGGGGAAAAGCUCAGCCUAGCAGUCGGCUGGAGUAUGGUUAUUCACUUUUGAUUGACAUCAUGAUAAAGUUGCGUGCUUUUUGGGCACAGUAGGCCCGGUGAUUUUGAAGGAUUCCAGGGGUACUGUAUCAGGGCUGCUCAGUUACGGCGGCCCUGGAGGGAAGGGGGGCGGGGGCGGUCAGCAAAGAUAAAUACCAGCAUCAGCAGUUUUACCUUGGAUGGGUAACUCCCUCCCUGAGACUGUAGUGGUGCGCCAUGGGCUGGGAAACCGUAAUUGAGUAGCCCUGUACCUCUCGCAUGCGCACAUACCCACACAUAAUCUGUACGAUGUUCCUGUAAAGGCGUAGGCCCGCUUGCUUUGACUGUCUAAUCCCUUUAUCCUGCUGACUGCAAACCAAUGAGCUGUGAAUUCCUACAUGCUGUGUACAGGCACCAGACAACCAGCCUGCAUGCCCCUGCAGCAUAUGGGGGAGAGACAAUGUUGCGGGUCCAUUUCAAAACUGUUAUCUGUUUGGUUGAUUCUGCCCAUUUAAAAGCGCCUUUGCAAUUGGCACAGUCUGACCUUUUACAUCGUUUCAUCACCUUGUACUUAAAGAUUAUCAUGUAACUUAAUUUUUUUCGAGGAACCAGAAAUUGGUUAAUGAAUUAUGUAGAGAAUUGUGGGCAUAGAUAUUUAUCAUCAGUUUUACUGAAUGUGUCCAGGGUGCAGGUAAUGCAGCAGCACUUUCUCUUUAUACAUUUUCAGUGUCACUGUCCUACAGAGAGAUUUGCACUGAUUGUCUUGAGUGUAUGUGGGUGGGGGAGUGAUGUGUAUUGGGUAAAUUGUGUUCAUAGGUGACCUUGAGAGCAUAGUAAUGUUAAAUAUGUUGUGGGAUAUAUUAUUUGUGUGUGUGCAUUUUACAUAACAUUUCCACCUUAAAGAAAUUUAUCUCUAGCUUUUUUUAGGGAACAUUGAAUAAAUUUGAUAUAUAUAAAAAAUACAUUUGGCUGUUCUUAUACUCAAUGUUCUGUUUUUUGUUUUAUUCUUUUAAAAAAAAAAAAGUUUUUUUCUUUACAUGUCUUAAAAUGAAAGGAAAUUCACUGUGGCUUUUCAAGUUUAAGCCAGAAAGUCUGUGAUGCACAUAUCCUGUGGAGCACUGCUGUUAACUCUUUCCAAGGAUUAUGUCCCAAGUCUGGGUACUGUAUACAUAGGUCAGUAUAGCAGCCUGGGUAGCUAGGGCAUGAGGCACUGUCAUUGCACUGAAACCCCCUGUGUAUUAUUGGUUCAAUCUUCUGAAUUUCUUAUGAAAAGUAAUUUUUCUGUAUUCUGUCUGUUCUGUCUACAGCUUGUCUUCUGGUGAGGGGGGGUUUAAUGCCUUUUUCCACAUCUUAAAGUUAGCGCAGCUUAAAUUAUUGUCUGUUCAUUUUAGCCUUUCAGGUAUGGUUGUGCACUGAAUAAAUCGCUACAUUCCUCCACUUUGUCUUUAGGUGUUCAUAGGUGAUCUACUGGACUUCGAGAUUGUAGUACUGGCCUUAUAUAUUUAACUUAUUUCUCAGAGAUUUUAACUGCAUAUGGUGGUUGACAGCACACUAGCAUUCUGAAACCGGGUCAGUCCCCUUUAACAGGGAGGAUUAAAAAAAACAACAAAAAAAAAACCACAUUGAUCCAUAGUCUUGAAACUGGAUGUUUUGGAUGAAGGGAAUAUAGCCUGCAGUGUGCUGGCUCUGUGACUGGGGGGGGGGGGCUCCACGGCAUGUCAAGUCGUUUAGCCCAAAGGAAAUCAUUAAACAUUUCUUUCUUUGAUUCUUUCCAACUUUGCACUAGGUAAAUGAUGUCCUUGUCACCAGCUCAAAAAGGGCAAGGCAGUCAGGGUGCUGGGGAGGGGUCUGAUUCUGCUCACUUCCAUCAUCCCUGUUGUAUUUUCGUGUUUGGCUUUCCAGUUAUUCCAGAUUCAGCACAUUAACACUUUAAGUUCCUCUGUCCUACUGUUGUUCUUGAUGAUAUGGGCCUUUUUACCUGGUGUCUAAGUUGGAGUCGUGUCCAGGUAUUGUGUGUACUGCUGGUUGAACCUCCUGUUGGCCAAGUCCUGUGUUCUGUGUUAAAACACACGACCGCAAUCUUUCUCACUAAUGUUAAAUAUGUAAGGAUUCAUAACUGUGCCGUCUCCCAGGCUGCAUGUAUAUGUCUAGAAUGGCCUCCUGAGGCUGUGACUGACAUCUUCAAGGUGUGUAUGUGUAUAUAUCUAUAUAUAUAUAUAAAUAUAGACACAGCCCCCUUUCACCUGUUUUGUGCCCCUUGGCAGCCUUAGGUCGGCUCCCAGCCAAUUCUGUUCUCUGCUAUGCUCUUCAGCUGUUUUAAAUACCCUGUUUUAAUACAGUCUCAUUUUGAAAACUUUGAUACUUUAAGUCCAGAAAUGUUCACAUUCUGAAAUUUAUUACCAUAUUUCUCAUGAAUUGACUGAUUCAGAGGGAAAACUUUGACUGUUAAAUGUUUUCAAAUUUGAUUACUCCUGGAUCUAUUUUAAAAUGUCAAAUGAACCUGCUGGAAUUUGCUGACCAGUCACUGUCAUUUGGGCUUUACUGAACUUGUUCAGCUUGGCUGUGUUAUCAGCGUGUUUUCCCUCCAUGUUCAGUGCAGAUGUAUCCUGUAAAGUGAACGCAGCCAGAUCAGGGUAACCUCAGCGGGCCUGACUGAACUUGCCACUUAACUUGUGGCAUUGCUCCUGUAUGGCACCUGAGACUUGGUAGUGUCCCCCUGUGUCCUGUGAACAUUUUGCUCCUCUUAUACUGGUUGUCUGUAGUAAUUUCUGUUGAAAUGUGAUGUAUUUCACUGCAGCUGUGUUGCCUGUGAUUUUUAGCAUAAAUUUAUCUGGGAUUAAAGUAGCUAUACCAACUCUUAGAGGUGACGUGUUCAUGACGUAUGUCUGCUCUUGUGCUGCUUACUGUGGGGAGGAACUAGGGUGUUUCAGUCUGAAGGUCACCGGUAUCGUCCGAGGUUCAGCAGGCGUCUGCAUGUUGUGUCUGCUUCCCUUCUCCUCCUCUGUGUGUAGAUAGAAAUAUGUACAUUGCUGGGCUGCACAAACCAAACUCCACCCUUCGUUUUGACACAUUACAGCUGAAGGAAGAGGAUUGGGACAGCAGGUCACGCCUGGGCGCUUCAGGAAUAGACUGCUCUUGGCCGUUCUUCGUCUGCCUGCACGUGGAUGGACUGGCUCGCAGUCUGCAUGGCUGUGUGAGACAACUGUAGAGUAAAACUCUUACGAAUGGUAAACAAAAUGAGAUGUUUUUUAUGUUACUUUGUUUUUUUUUAUUAUAAAACCUGUGUGAUUUAAAACGUACAGCUUUCCAUAAGUUGCCUAUUCUAUAAAAAUAAACCUUCGACAGCUUCAAUGUGUAUUGUCAGUAGAAAUAUUUUAUAGCGCCCUCCCCCAUUCCUGCUCAUAGUGUUUUCUUUUGUUGAUGUCUGUAAAUGUCACAACUUUUGAUUAUUAAAUAUAGAUUUAGUGUUGUAAUAAAACAUUUACUGGGACUGGUACUUGUUAA